AUGAAGCUUUCUCUUGCAACCCUUCUCCUUGUUUCUCUUGUUCUCAGUUCCUCUUUGCACGCCAUGGCCGACGAUCUGAAUUCGUGCGACACUAAGUGCAAUGCAAGAUGCAAGGAUGCGAAGGAGAAGGACCGAUGCCUCAAGUACUGUGGAAUCUGCUGUGGGAAGUGUCAGUGUGUGCCGUCGGGGACGUACGGGAACAAAUCGGAUUGUCCUUGUUACGAUGACAUGAAGAACUCCAAGGGCACUGCCAAAUGCCCUUGA